CUGGCGGGUCAGCAGCAGCAGCAGCUCAGCAGUGAUCGGCGGCGUCCCUCCGCACCAUCACGUCGCCACCUUGAUCUGCCCCUGACUGGACCUUCCCGCCGCCACCAUGGGAUGCGAGGAGGAGGUGCUCAGGAUCAAGAAGAAGCUGGACAAGAUGACGGCCAGCGAUGGGGACCAGACGCAAGCCCUGGACAUACUGAAAACUCUGCAAGGGCUCCCUAUCAACUUCCAAGUGCUUUCAAAAACCCGCAUUGGCAUGACUGUGAAUGCCUUGCGAAAAGCUUCUUCUGACGAGGAGGUCAUUUCUACCGCUAAACAACUCAUCAAGAACUGGAAGAAGUUUGUUCCAGACAAGAAAGAUGAUGAGAAGGAGAGCAAGGAAGAAAAGAAAGAGAAGAAGGAGGACAAAAAGGAAGUGAAGAAUUCCAACAACAGCAGCAGCAGCAGCUCUCGUCCGGCCUCCUUUCCCUCCUCCUCCAUGCCCAAUGACAUGCGCAUGAAGUGUCGGGAGAUGCUAGCCAAUGCCCUGAAGUUGUCAAGUGUGGAUGAUCCUGUGGACACUAUUGAGAACCUGUCCGAGCAGAUAGAAGAGGCAAUAUUCGACGAGUUUGGCAAACCAGAGGCAGCCUACAAGAACCGACUUCGAUCUCGAAUUUACAACCUUAAAGACAGCAAGAACCCACAGCUUCGAGAAAAUGUGCUGAGAGGGGCUAUCAGCCCGAAGAGACUGGCCACUAUGAGCUCUGAGGAGAUGGCCAGUGCUGAGAUGAAGGCCCUGCGUGAGAAGUUCACCAAGGAAGCCAUUGAUGACCACCAGCUUGCAGUGGCCCAGGGCACCAAGACAGAUUUGCUUAAGUGUGGCAAAUGUGGCCAACGAAACUGCACCUACAAUCAGAUGCAAACCAGAAGCUCUGAUGAACCUAUGACCACCUUUGUGUUGUGCAACCACUGUGGGAACCGCUGGAAAUUUUGCUGAGCUUCUUCUCUACACCUCAGCAAGGUUGUAUGGAUGCUGACACUUUCUAUUUUUCAUCGGCUGUUUCACUGAUUGAUAAAGUUAAUUAGGUUUCACUUGAAAAAUGCCCACAUAAGUUUGUUCUGGAUUCUCCCUAGUAGCUCUAGAAGGACAAAGGUAUGUUUAGCUCUGUCUCUUCCAAGGACUGCAGGCAAUUUAUAUUCUUGCAGACUUUUGUUCACUGCCUUAGAAGGCAGAGCUGAAUACUGGGUACAUUCAGUGGUAGAUGUAAACAGUUCAUAUUAAUCUAGGAAGACAUGAAUUAUCUAGGUAUGCAUUCACAAGAUUAAAAUUUUUUUAAAGUCCUCAUGCUAAAAACAAAAGAAACUUAGUCAGAAUUGUUCAUUGCUUUUAAUUCUGGUACUUCUGUAAAUGAUGUGUAUGUAAUCUGUGACUUGAGUCUGUUCUAGAAUAGAACAUUGUGUACAACUGUGUAGCAUUCUCUUGCAUCAGCCUGGUCAGUGUUCAAAAUACUUCUGUGUUGUCAGGUUCAUGGGAAUUAUAGGAAGUAUAAAAUGCAGGUUUGAUAUGAAAUGCUGGACUUGGGCUCCCUUAUGUAACAUGUGAUUAGGUGAACAGUCAAGUUCAUCCUAAGAGUAGUUUGCUCUUUUUUCAGUGCUGUAUCAUCUCAAAUCUGUAAAUAUAUUUCCUGAGUGAAACUCAGGAAUAUAGCAAUGUCAUUAUUUUGCAGUGAUGAAAAUGAUGAAAUGUAUGUAGUAACUAAAAAAAUCUAGCCUCUUUUUUCUGGUUGGUAAUGCAAUAGAACCUUGAUUUAUCAUGUUAAAAUAAAGGCUGUAUUCAAUUGAUCUCACAAUAAAUUAGUGUUGUUUCUGGGAAAUUACCUUAGUUGGGUACUGAAACAGAAUGCCCAAAACAAGAUUUUAUUGACUAAUAUUCAAGAAAUACAUUUGCAAUAAAAAUUCCUGCAGUGAACUAAGAUAAAGCCACUACAUAGCAACUCACUAGACCCUGCUUGCUGGCUGGUAUCAGUGAUCACCCUCAUGUCAAGACCAACAAACCCAGAUCCACUUCAGCCUAUUAUAAUUAGAUAAUAUAUAUUAUAAUAUAUAAUCAGAUCAGUGUCUUGUUUAAUUAUAAAAAAAAAUUGCAUUCAUAGAUUAUCUCUGCAUAAAUAUUACAAUAUGAACAUUUGUGCUCUAGGGUUGCUGGUGUAGUAGCUGGAUGGAAAUAAUUUACAUACACUGUUAAAGAGUGAUGACUGAAGGCCAGUUCUCCUAGACAUGAGUGUGAGAACCAAGGACAGGAGAAUUGGGGAGACAUGUUGACGCUGCUUGAGCUAUGAAGUACAAGAGAAUGGUGCAGAAUUUGGGUUUAUUUUAACAUAACAUCUUAGAUUUGAUGUAAAACAGGAAGAACUCAAAAAUAUUCAUGAAUUGUACUCAGUUCUAGGCUGCUGCAUUAGGUUAUAAUGGUUAUAUAGACAAAGGGUUCUAUUGUAUUCUGUUGACCUUAUUAUUUUGGCCACUGCUGCUAAAACUGCACCAGAUGCCUUCUUGUUUUGCAGGUUUAUCAUGUAGGCAGCAUCUGAAGAUUUCCUUAUGUUGAAAAUUUCCAUUGCUGAAUACACAAGUACCUCACUGUCUUGUUAUUGUUGGUAGUUGCAUUUUCUUACCCACAUAACUAACAACUAAUUUAGAGAUUCUUGUGAAAUAUAUUUACAGAAUAAUAUAUUACUAGUGCACACUAGUGGUAGUGCUGAAAUGGCUUUUAAUGUAAUGAAUGAUUUAUUUUUUCUUUUAUUACAGUUCCAAUCCAAAUGGGUAUAUCAAGCAGGUUUUGCUUUAGAUGUUACAUUUCAACAUUUCAUUAAUUCUGUCUGACAAUGUAAGAUACAGCUUGUAAAAUAAGCUGCACAAGGCAAAAGCUGUCAUCUGGUCUGGAGUGUGUAUAAAUGUGUGGCAAGCUUUAUAUAGGACCAAUAUUUUUUUAAUUGGACUCAUUAACUUGAUGCUUGACUUUGGACUCCAGCACCUCUUGUCAAUACAAAUGUACCUGUCA